AUGCCCAGUUGGUCUAUCUCGCUCCUAGGCGCCGGCCUUUGCUGGCUGGUGUCUAUGACAAAUGCCUUGCCGGCUCACCAUCACAGUUCUGCACCGGUAGUUGCGGUCAAGAAUGGUUCAUACGCCGGCAUACACUCGGCCGAGUACAACCAGGACUUCUUCCUCGGCAUCCCAUAUGCCCGGGUAGCGCCUCGGUUCACCGUCUCGCAGCAUCUAAACUCAUCGUGGGAGGGUGUCCGGAAUGCCACCGUAUAUCCGCGGCAUUGCGUCGGCUACGGCGGCGACCAAAUUGGCUACGAGGUCUCGGAGGAUUGCUUGUACCUAAACGUUGUCCGACCGGCCGGUAUCUCAGACACUGCUGACCUUCCGGUGGCUGUCUGGAUCCACGGUGGCGGUUUGGUUAUGGGCGGCUCAGCAGACAGGCGCUACAACCUCUCCUUCAUCGUGGAAAAUAGCGUAGAGCAAGGCACCCCCAUCAUCGGCGUCAGCCUCAACUACCGCCUGUCCGCCUUCGGCUUCCCCAUGGGCGAGGAGGUCCUCGCCGCGGGCGUGACCAACCUAGGCUUCAGGGACCAGCGACUGGCGCUGCAGUGGGUGCAGGAAAACAUCGCCGCCUUUGGCGGCGCCCCCGACAAGGUGACCAUCUGGGGCGAGAGCUCCGGGGCGGAGAGUGUCAGCGCGCAGACGCUGGCCUACGGCGGGCGCGACGACGGCCUGUUCCGCGGCGUCAUCGGCCAGUCCGGAUACGGGGGCUUCCUCGUGCGCUACCCGGGCGGUCUGAACGCCAGCGCCGCCAUGCAGGACACGUACAACACGCUCGUGCGCAACACCAACUGCGCCCACACGGCCGGCACCCCGGCCUCCCUCGAUUGCCUGCGCGCCCUGCCGCUGGAGGACAUGCACGCGGCGCUGAACACCACGGAAUCCAACCCGGUGUGGUCGCCGGUGCUGGACGGUGACUUCGUGGCCGACUAUCCCUCCAAGCAGUUGAGUGAAGGUCGUUUUCCCAAGGUGCCGGUGCUGAUCGGCUGCAACUCGGAGGAGGGAGCGUCGUUCGGCACGGGACUGGGCCCGAACGGUGGCGGCAUCAACACGGACGAGGAAAUGCGGCAGGCGGUCAUGGUUCGUGUGAGUCCUGAGGUGGAGAAGACGGCCGGCAAGACGGUCAAGCAGGUGGUGGAUGAGUUGAUGUUUUUGUACCCGAAUAUCCAAGCCGUCGGUACCCCAGGCCUUGAUAAGUGGCCUGUUAUCCAGCCCGGUGACGAGGUAGCCCUAAGGAUGGGCCUACAGUACCGCCGUUCCGCCGCCCUAUUUGGGGAUUUCAUGAUGCAACACUCCCGACGGCGUGCGAGUCUUGCCUUUGAGAAGCAGGGGAUUCCCGCCUGGAACUAUCGUUUCGACGUCACGCUUCCCAGCAUACCCGGCUACAUCGGAGCCACUCAUUUCCAGGAAGUUGCCUUUGUGUUCGACAAUACCCGCGGCGAGGGCUAUGGAAAAAACCCCUUUGCCAACAACACCGAGUCUCUCGUCGCGCUGGCCAAGACCAUGUCGACCGGGUGGAUCAACUUUAUCACGGGCCAGGACCCCAAUGGCGCCGAGGGUUUGAGUCUUCCAGGCAACGUGUCCUGGCCGGCGUAUAAUGUCAACGUUGGUGGCGGAGUUGGCCAGAAUGUGGUCUGGUCGGACAAGGGCAGCUAUGUUGAAGUUGACGACUGGCGCGUUGAAGGGAUCAACUAUUUCAUUGAAAACAGUUUGGCGGUGUUUGGCAUGUAA